AUGAAACGAAUAAUAAUUAAUUCUUUUCCAGGUGAAUUUACAGUGCGAUAUCUGUUUUGCCGAUACCGUUUCAACUGGGACGCACUUAAAUAUAGUUUUUACAACACAUUUUAUAUCGUCACUCAUUUAGUAGGUGCCUUCGUUUCAAUAAGUUUGUUCAGUCGACGAUUCAAGUGGGACGAUUCUGUUUUAGGCCUUAUAUCUAAUUUUAGCAAAAUUAUUGGAAGUUUAACAACAGGUUUUGCAAGAAAUAGUACUGAGUUGUAUAUUGCUGUUGCCAUAGAGACAUUCAAUGCCACAUCAUUUACUGCGCUUCGGUCUAUCUCUUCAAAACUAGUGGCCAGUGAUGAAUUAGGCAAAAUGACGUCUGUCUUUAACCUAAUGGAAGUAUUGACGUCGAUGGUGUUCGGCCCUAUAUAUUCAUGGAUAUACAUGAUGACAAUACCAAUUGACGCCGGAAUCAUUUACUAUGUCAGUACGCUUCUUACAAUACCAACACUGAUGAUAUUUGGGUGGUUCUUCAUCCAGCAUAAGAAGAAUGCGCGAAGACCCAACAUUGAAGCAAUAGAUGAAAAUUUAGAAAUGUCUAACAAUAAGAACAAGAAAGAAGAAGAAGAAGCUAAACCCUCGAAAGAAGUAUCUUUGAUCAGCAGCAUUGACUUAGCAGACGAGAAGAUUUUAUUUAAUAAAUCUUAGUUAUAAAUA